AUGCGUCCAUAGUUACCUAUAUCACUCUCCCUUACUCUGAGACAGUACUCCCAACUCUGUGCCUGUGCAACUUCUCUGAGUUCUGUACCAAAACAACUGCAUACUACGGAAUGAACAUAUUUUUUAACUCUUCUAAUGGCAACGCUGGUGAAUCUCAAAUUACAGCUUGGCUCACAGAAAAAUUCAACAUCUUUGCAUGUGUGCCCACGAACAGCACAACAAACAAGAUAAGUUCCUUCUUUCUGAGAGGUGAACGACAAUGUGACACCAAGACAGAGACAACAUCUAGUUUGCUUCAGAGUAUCCAAGUCAGAUGUGAAAACAAACAACAAAGUAUAAGAACGAACAACUGCACUGCAGUACUGGAGCUCAAGAUGGCCGCCGACCAGUGUUUCCUCAGAUCGCUGCUGCUGAACACCACAGCACCCAGUCUCCUGCAGCCCACCCUGUACGGUGCUGUGGAAAGAGUGGGCAAGUGUUUGUGUGCCGAAGACAGCAUGCGGUAUAGCGUCUCCCUACUCUCCACGCCCACUAUUUCAGCUAACGUCUGUGCUGAAAACAGCAGCAUCCAUGUGCCCUGGCCAUCUGCUGGAGUGGUGUGGGUUCCGCUGAACAUCAGCGAGAACAGGGUAGACUACUGCACCAGCUUCAACACCACUUCUGAAAGUGCAAGCCAGGCGGCAGAUCAGUGUGAUUUAUCUGGCUUCUGCAAUGAUACAGCUGCCUAUUACCUGGUGAGAAUACAAGCUGAAAACAAGAGCUUGGAAUAUAUUCGGGGACAGGUGAACCAGCUCCGCACCAACCCUGCCUGCGGUGGGACCAACCUCCCCCAGAGCCCCCCCAUGCUGCCGCCCUCUGCUUGUGCAGCAGUCAGCAUUGCAGCCGUCCUUCAGGAUUCCUAUGUGAGCUGUCAGAACAAAAGCACAAACUUGUUAAGCUGUAACAUCAUUAUGAAGAUGUCAGCACCCCGGAACAUAUGUGUUAUUAGUGAAACAUUUCAGGCUUUGAUGAAGAAUAUCCUCACCUAUGACAGAGAUGUGUUUCGAUUGGCACCUUGUAACUGGUCACCUCAAAGUGCCUUGAGACUGCUAAAUUCCAGCUCUUGCUGGGUUUCCUCCUCACUUGGAUUUUCUGAGGUUUGUCCUGAAAAUAAAAACUACAGUGUGUACCGACCAAACAGGCCUGAGACCUGCAGUGCAAGUGAAAGCUUGGCAGUUCUUCUUAAUGAAACCUGUGCAAGGCAGAAUAAUGAGACCAACCCCACACAGAUGCCUGAUACCACCUUCCUUACCAACAUCACAACUCCUCUCCCAACCAACUACACAACCACCCUCCCGAACAACAGCACGAACAACUACACAACGCCUGCCCCAGCCAACAACACAACAAAAUUCACAAGCUCCUCAACAACCACGUCCGUGAACAGUUCAGUAACUAACUUCACAGAACCCUUCAAAAUGACCACAGAGGCCUCCACAAAAAACAUCACAACAGUUAUACGCCCCAGCCCUCUUUUGGAUCCGAACACAGACCUGUCCUCGCUGAAUUCGUCGGAGGUUGAGCGCCUGGUGUCUGAGCUGGAGAACCUGGUGUCUGGCCCCAAUGUGAGCCUAGGUGUGGGACAGCUCGUGGUGGGCGUUGUCAGCAACCUUCUCAACGCCUCAAAAAAAGCCCUGGCCUCUUCCUCCCAAAAACUUAUUAGAGUGGUGGACACGGUCGGUCUCAAGCUGGUGCUGGACUCGGACAUCAAAAACAUUACCUCUAAAUCCCUGGCCCUGGCAGUGAAGAAGAUAGAUGGGGCCAAUUUCAAGGAAACAUCCUUCUCCAUCGCUGACCCCUCUAACCUGCAGGUUGAUGUGAGGAGCUUGUCCUCCCCUUCCAGAGUGGUUCGAGAUGUAAGGAGCCAAACACCCAGCUCCACUGCUGCCACCAUCACUCUUCCUGCUGUGCUACUGGAUAAUUUAUCUCCCGUGCAGCAGAGUCUGGUGUCCAGAAUCCAGUUCAACUUCUACCAGAAGAGCACUGUCUUUGUGGAUAACUCCUUGGUGAGCAGCAAGCUGAACAGCUAUAUCCUUGGAACAAGCGUUGCUAACCUGUCGCUGUCUAAUUUGAAGGACAGUGUUGUCUUCAGACUGCGGAACCUGGAACCCGUCAUGAGUGGAUACGUUCCCCGCUGCGUGUACUGGGAUUUCAACCAAAAUAAUAGAAGUGGAGGCUGGAGUAACGCAGGCUGCAGUGUAGCCAAUUUCACAGCAGAGGAAACUGUCUGUAGCUGCAACCAUCUCACAAGCUUUGGAGUUCUGCUGGAUUUGUCCAGAACAGGUAUCAGCGACCCAGUGCAGGCCACGAUUCUCACCUUCAUCACGUACAUUGGCUGUGGGAUCUCGGCCAUCUUCCUGUCCAUCACUCUGUUGACCUACAUCGCCUUUGAGAAAGUGCGUAAGGACAUCCCAUCGAAAAUUCUGAUCCAGCUAUGCACAGCCCUGAUGCUGCUCAACCUGGUGUUCCUGCUGGAUGCGUGGUUGGCGCUGUACCGCAAUGCUGUUGGGCUCUGUAUCUCGGUUGCUUUCUUCCUGCACUACUUCCUGCUUGUCUCCUUCACCUGGAUGGCCCUAGAGGCCUUCCACAUGUACCUGGCCCUGGUGAAGGUCUUCAACAUCUACGUGCGCCGCUAUAUGCUCAAGUUCUCCCUCAUCGGCUGGGGUGUCCCACUGAUUAUAGUCAUCAUUGUUAUAGCCGUCAACAAAGACAACUAUGGUCUUAUGUCCUAUGGAAGAUUCCCCGAUGGAUCAACGGAUGAUUUCUGCUGGAUACUGAACGACACCGUCUUCUACGUGGCGGUGGUGGCGUACUUUGGCCUGGUCUUCCUGCUGAACCUGUGCAUGUUCAUCGCCGUGAUGGUGCAGCUGUGCCGGAUCAAGAGGAAGAACCCUCACAACUCCCAGCACCGCAGCGCCCUGCAAGACCUGCGCAGCGCCGCCGGCCUCACCUUCCUGCUGGGCCUCACCUGGGGCUUCGCCUUCUUCGCCUGGGGCCCCGUCAACCUGGCCUUCAUGUACCUGUUCGCCAUCUUCAACUCCCUGCAAGGAUUCUUCAUCUUCAUUUUUCACUGUGCCAUUAAGGAAAAUGUUCGGAAGCAAUGGAGAAUGUACCUGUGCUGUGGAGAACUCCGUCAGAUUGAAAACUCAGAAUGGAGCCGGACACAGACCCAGAAGACGAAGAAGCGCGCAGGAGUAGCAGAGGGGUCCUUCAACUCUUCCAACUCCAACAACAUUUCGAGCAACUCCAGCACCUACCUGGUCAGCGAGAGCAGCGACCAAGUCAGCGGGCACAGUAAUCCAUAUGAGGACGUGAAUGUUGGGACACUGAGUGAGCCCAGCCUGGAUGUGGUGCUCAAUGACAUUUCCAAUAACAGGCUCAGGACGAAGAAGGGACGAUGAUUUUGAUCUGGCCUGGUGAAGGUUUGUUACACACAAGGAGGCACCAGAUUCUCAUGACUGAUCAUGACUGGAAGAGUCCUGCAUUGUAAAACCUUUUGCCGCCUAACACCAGGUUACCACAGUGCCAGUGUAUUAAUAUAUAUGUAUAGAUACAGAUAAAUGCAAAGAUAGGUGCUGAAUAUGCUUUGUGCUGACGUCAACGUUCUCCAGAAACUAGUGAAACCACACUCUGCUUUUUUAUCAAUCUCGACACACUAGGCUUUUUUAUAAACCCAGUUUCACUUUUAGAGAACUAAAAUGAAGCGUGUGAACCACCAGGGCAGCCUUUCAGCCACAACGUUGUUGUGUGUUUCCGAGAGAAAGGCACAGGCCGAGAAGCCCGAUGUGGAGUAAGGAGCCCGGCCGCUGUUAUUCCAGAAAUUCUGGAUUCAAAUUGUCAAUUUGUUGAGUUCUGCCUAUUCAGGAAAACAUCGUCCCUUUGCUUCUUGGAACAUGAGGAUCAACUUCCCCUGCUGUGGGCACAUUCUAGGCUCCUUGGGGAUUGUAAUGCUGUCACAGGCCCAGGUCAGCCCUGUUGACAUCUUGGGUCAUACUCAACAAGUUCAGUGUCACACACAACAUGUCAACAAAUAGAUGGCCAAGAUUUGUAGGUUUCCUGAAUUUACUCCAUGGUUUUCAUAGAGAAAGCAUAGCCGACAAUGAAAACAAGUGACUUCUGGAUAGUGAAUGGCAGGCUGCUGUGCUUGAAUAUCCCCUGGUCUGUGACACAGGUGGACGUGCCCAGCACACAGGGGCCAUGAAUGUCCUCCGACUCAUUGGAAAGUAUGAAUUUCCAAGCUUGGGCCCAAGAUUUAUAAAAGUAAACUUAUUUGCACACCUUGUACUGUACUUGAAUUUAAUAUUGUUUAUGGGUUUUGUUUUCUAUUUUGUGUUUGUUGUCCUUUGAAGGAUUAUUGAAACCUUAUUUAUUCUACUGGAACCUGUACAGGUAUCUUCUACAUUUUGUCAACUAGCAUGUUGCACUGCAGUAGUCGACAUUCAGAGUUUUGCUUGUAACUGACUAUUUUUACAGAAUGACUGUACCAAUAAAUGUUAUUUAAUCCGA